AUGUUGCGCCGGCUGAAGUUCCUUCUUGCCGUUCUGGCCUGGCAUGGGUCCGCUUUGCCCGCACACAUUCGGCCGGGAGACCGCAGGAUAUACGUCAACGGUGUCCCGCUGCACAUGAAGGGUGUGAACUGGAACCCUGUGGCAGUUGGGGAUUCCCACCCCUUCGGCCUCGCUUUCGCGGACUUCGUGGCACGUGACGCUCGCAUCAUGGCUGAGGCCGGCGUCAAUGUGGUGAGGACGUACGAAACCGUUGCUGACCCAGCCGUAUUAGACGAGCUCUGGCGAAACGGCAUUCAGAUCCUGAACACCAUCUACGCCCACGGCGGGAAAGCUCUGGAAGCAGUCCAGAAAGAGGUAGAUGCAGUGAAGCACCAUCCUGCUCUUCUCAUGUGGGUGGCCGGGAACGAGUGGAACUACAACGGCUGCUACCAACAUAUGAACGUGGAUCAGUGUGGCCAUCGUUUAAAUGAAGUGGCCAAGCUCGUAAAGAAAUAUGAUCAGCAGCAUCCCGUCGCAUCAGUGUAUGGGGAGGCGCCACCCCUGGAUGUGAUCCAGAAAAUGGAUGCCAUUGAUGUCUGGGGUGUGAACUACUACGAUGAGCUUACCUUCGGAGACCUCUUCAAGCGCUUUGCAGAGCGAUCGACGAAGCCGUUUUUCCUCGGUGAGUACGGCGCAGAUGCGUACGACACAAUAAACGCCGCUGUGAAUGAGGAUGCACAGGCGUAUGCAACAAAAGUGUUGACGGAGCAGAUCAUGGAAAACAGCGCAAUCUUCCCCGGCGGCAUCUGCUCUGGUGGGCUCAUCUUUGAGUUGGCGGAUGAGUGGUGGAAAGACGGAGACGGCAGUCCUUUGGCUCAGGAUACGGGUGGACUGGCACCAGGAGGCGGACCUUUUCCAGAUCGCGUCUUCAACGAGGAGUGGUGGGGCCUGCUCACCGUCGAGCGCGUGCCGCGGAAGGCCUACUAUGCCUUCGCUGCCCUGGCUAUCCCUCGUCCAGACCUGGCCGAAUCCGUGCUGAAGCACGGCACGCCGGCUGCAGCAUUCCUGACCCUAGACUCUAGGCUCUAG